GGCAGGAGGAAGGGGCGCGGUCCCGGUCACGGGCGGGAGCGAGCGCGGAGCAGCGGCGUCCGGAGCGCACUCCCUCGCUGUUCGCUCUUCCGCACGCCCGUUCCCGGGGCCGCGCUCCAGGUUAGUGUGAUCUCAACUCAAGAGAAAGGUGCGAUAUCAUGGCAUCUAUCUGGGUUGGACACCGAGGGACAAUGAGAGAUUAUCCCGGCUUUAGCGCAUCAGUGGAUGCUGAAGCGAUUCAUAAGGCAAUCAGAGGAAUUGGAACCGAUGAGAAAACUCUCAUUAGCAUUCUGACUGAGAGGUCGAAUGCACAGCGGCAGCUGAUUGCUAAGGAAUAUCAAGCAGCAUAUGGAAAGGAACUGAAAGAUGACUUGAAGGGUGAUCUCUCUGGCCACUUCAAGUGUCUCAUGGUGGCCCUCGUGACCCCACCGGCAGUGUUUGAUGCGAAACAGCUGAAGAAAUCCAUGAAGGGCACGGGAACAAAUGAAGAUGCACUGAUUGAAAUCUUAACCACCAGGACAAGCAGGCAGAUGAAGGAGAUUGGCCAAGCCUACUAUACAGUGUAUAAGAAGAGUCUUGGAGAUGAAAUUAGUUCUGAAACAUCUGGUGACUUCCGGAAAGCUCUGUUGACUUUGGCAGAUGGCAGAAGAGAUGAGGGUCUGAAAGUGGAUGAGCAGCUGGCCAAAGAGGAUGCCCAGAUUCUCUAUAAUGCUGGUGAGAACAAAUGGGGCACGGAUGAAGAUACAUUCACUGAGAUCCUGUGUUUAAGGAGCUUUCCUCAACUGAAACUGACCUUUGAUGUAUACAGAAAUAUCAGCCAGAAGGACAUUGAGGACAGCAUAAAAGGAGAAUUGUCUGGGCAUUUUGAAGACUUACUGCUAGCCAUAGUCUGUUGUGCAAGGAACACGCCUGCCUUUUUAGCUAAAAGACUGCACCAAGCUUUGAAGGGUGCUGGGACUGAUGAGUUUACUCUGAACCGAAUAAUGGUUUCCAGAUCAGAAAUUGACCUUUUGGACAUUCGAGCAGAGUUUAAGAAGCAGUAUGGCUAUUCCCUACAUUCAGCAAUUGAAUCGGAUACUUCUGGAGACUAUGCAAUCACACUCGUAAAGAUCUGUGGAGGAGAUGACUGAGUCAAGAAUGUCAUUUCCAAAGGCUGCCUGCUCCCAUGACGGACUUUUCCCACAGCUCUAAUUACUUCUUUCUCGCAGUAUUUACAAGCACAAGCAAGUGUCAAGAGCAACCUGUUUUCCUAACAGAAAUUUUCAUUGUUCCAUAAUAAUAACAACAAAAAAAGUGAUUAUUAUCGUAGAGCAUCUCAUCAUAAUGUAGCCGUUUAUAAAUGAAAUUUUUAAAUGAUAUUAAGGAUCAGCUAAUACUAUCCAAAUUAUAUUUAUGCUUUGGAAGUGAGACUCUUUGUACAGUUCUAAAACAUUAAAUGCAAAACAGUGUAAUACAAGUUCUUGCCUCUCUAAAAGGUAAUCUGUUUGUUGUUAUCAUCAACCAGCAUUGUUUGGUACCUGGCACCGACAACUAAUGAUAUUUUAAAACAUGUUUUUGUUAUAAAGCUGUUGCUGCUUCCAUUUGUCUAUCAUCUCAUUAAUCACAUUCAUCCUUAAGAAAGGAAUAAAAACGAAGAUGUAUGUAA